UUCUGUUCUGUUUGUGAGUGAACGACUCCGCUGUCGACUCGUCGGCCGGCGACCGACGACCUGGAAUGACGUCACGGGCCGGCGAGUCUUGACAAAACAGGCUUACCAGGAAGAGGUCUACGCUCUCCGAGUUAUUUUAAGGUCCAGUUAAUCCGCCCGCACGUUUCCCCUCUCCAACCCAGGGGAUAAUUAUUUUAGCACGCGCUGGUAACAGGAUAUCUCUCUCUCUCCAUCUCCCUCUCGCCCUCCCCCUGCUGCCUCCACUCCCCUUGUUGUUCACUUUUCAUCUCUGCUCCCCAUCUUGGGAUUUCUUCUCCUCGUUUCGUUCUCUCCGUCUUUCUUUAUCUCCUCCUCUUCCUGUCCUUUAGUCUAGACUCUGCACUGCAUUAUUCCCCCCCCCCCCCCUACAGAAAAAGGCCUAUACACAAUCCACUCUACUCUUUAAGCCUCUCCUUAUCUGACUGCCAGGCCUACAGCUCAAUGCUCUGCUCCUCUUUCCGCUCUCUUCUGUCCUUCUUCCCUCCUUCCUCGUCCUUCUUCUUCUUCUUCUUCUCUUUUUUUAAAACUCGAUGACGGACAUCUCUCUCCCCUCCCUGCGGCAUGCCCAAUGAUUGACGAACGCCCUCUCUCUUGCCCUUCAAAACGCCUCCUCCCACCAAAAAGGCACGUCCCUCUGCCAGCCCGCCUUUUCCCUUCUUCCUCCGACCCUCUACUGUGUUGUUUCUGCCGGUUCGUAGGCCAAAACGCUCCCCUCUGCCCCUCACUGGCAAAGGACGGAAACACACGGGCAGAAAUCCGCCCUUAAAUUCUCACUGAAGACGCCAAACAGAAACUUAUAAUCUAGCUAGCUCUCUUCCGGUCGCAAAAAUACGACGCGUGUUUUGUGUAUAUGUGUGUCUAGUUAAGAGUGCUAAAAAUGAGAUUUGAUACAAAGCAAAACAAAACAAAUGACAUUAUAUCACCCUAAGUAAAGCAAAUAAUGUUUUCUGAGACAUAUUUUACAUGUGUACGAGAAAACACAUGGAGAACAUGUUUAUCGAGGCAGGGAAGAAAUGUAAUGUAUUCGAUGGAAUAUGUCAUUAUAUUUCUGACCUUGUGUGUUAUGGAAGGUACUGUGUGGCUGUCUCUCUGGUGUACGUUUUUAUUUCUGAGACGAUGGGAAAUCGAGGUUGUCGUGCGGUGUCAGAGAGAAGAUGAAGGGUGGAUAAGGGUUCGGUUAGCCUCAGAUUCAGCGCGAUGUGGCUGGGGAGAAAAAAAAAGUGGAGGGGGGAGGAAGGUAAGAAGGAGAGGGACUUGGCUGAGCUGAAGAAGGAAGUGUCCUUGGAUGACCACAAACUAACUCUGGAUGAUCUGGGAAAACGCUACGGAGUGGAUCUCUCACGGGGCCUGACCCACACCAGAGCUGUGGAGAUCCUGGCCAGGGACGGUCCGAAUGCCCUGACCCCUCCCCCCACCACCCCGGAGUGGGUCAAGUUCUGCCGUCAGCUGUUCGGCGGCUUCUCCAUCCUGCUCUGGAUCGGCGCCAUCCUCUGCUUCCUGGCCUACACCAUCCAGGUGGCCACAGAGGACGAGGCGCCCAAUGACAACUUGUAUCUGGGCGUGGUGCUGGCGGCCGUGGUCAUCAUCACUGGCUGUUUCUCCUACUUCCAAGAGGCCAAGAGCUCCCGAAUCAUGGACUCCUUUAAGAAAAUGGUGCCACAGCAAGCGUUGGUGAUCCGGGAGGGGGAGAAGAUGCAGAUCAAUGCUGAGUUUGUGGUGCAGGGAGAUGUGGUGGAGAUCAAAGGGGGAGACCGCAUCCCAGCUGACCUUCGAGUGAUCUCCUCCAGCGGGUGCAAGGUGGACAACUCGUCUCUGACGGGAGAAUCGGAGCCUCAGACCCGCUCUCCAGAGUUCACCAACGACAAUCCUCUUGAGACCCGCAACAUCUGUUUCUAUUCCACCAACUGUGUCGAGGGUACGGCCCAUGGCAUCGUGAUUUGCACUGGGGACCGCACGGUGAUGGGCCGCAUCGCCACGCUGGCGUCAGAGCUCGAAGUCCGCCGUACGCCCAUCAACAUUGAGAUCGAACAUUUCAUCCACCUCAUCACGGGCGUGGCUGUCUUCCUGGGCGUGAGCUUCUUCAUCCUGUCGGUCAUCCUGGGCUACACCUGGCUGGAGGCCGUCAUCUUCCUCAUUGGCAUCAUUGUGGCGAACGUGCCUGAAGGACUGCUGGCUACUGUCACUGUGUGUCUGACUCUCACUGCCAAGCGAAUGGCGAAGAAGAACUGUCUGGUGAAGAACCUGGAGGCCGUAGAGACUCUCGGCUCCACCUCCACCAUCUGCUCCGACAAGACAGGCACGCUGACCCAGAACCGCAUGACCGUGGCCCACAUGUGGUUCGACAACCAGAUCCACGAGGCGGACACCACCGAGGACCAGACGGGUUUGGCUUUUGACAAGAGCUCUGCUACCUGGGCUGCUCUGUCUAACGUUGCUGGCCUGUGCAACAGAGCAGAUUUCAAAGCCGGACAGGAGAACUUCCCCAUCCUGAUGAGGGACACAGCGGGAGACGCAUCCGAGUCAGCUCUGUUAAAAUGCAUCGAGCUCUGCUGUGGGGGAGUUCGUGAUAUGAGAAGUAGAAACCCCAAAGUGGCAGAGAUCCCCUUCAACUCCACCAACAAAUACCAGCUCUCCGUCCAUGAAGCGGAGGAUAAUCCCUCCGGUCAUAUUCUGGUCAUGAAGGGAGCGCCAGAGAGAAUCUUGGACAGGUGCAGUAGCAUAAUGAUCCACGGCCAGGAGCAGCCACUCGAUGAAAACUGGAGAGAGGCUUUCCAGAGUGCCUACAUGGAGCUGGGAGGACUGGGAGAGAGAGUGCUCGGAUUCUGCCACUUGAGUCUGUCUUCAUCCCAGUACCCUCGAGGAUUCACCUUCGACUGCGACGAGACGAACUUCCCCACCGAGCAGCUCUGCUUCUUGGGUCUCAUCUCCAUGAUUGAUCCGCCGCGUGCAGCUGUGCCUGACGCAGUGGGUAAAUGCCGCUCUGCCGGCAUCAAGGUGAUCAUGGUAACAGGGGACCACCCAAUCACGGCCAAGGCCAUAGCUAAAGGCGUGGGCAUCAUCUCUGAGGGCAACGAGACGGUCGAGGACAUCGCCGAGAGACUGAACAUCCCUCUAAGCCAAGUUGAACCCAGGGAUGCCAAGGCUUGCGUGGUGCACGGCUCGGACCUAAAGGACAUGAGCCCCGAGUACCUUGACGACCUGCUGAGGAACCACACUGAGAUAGUGUUCGCUCGCACCUCCCCUCAGCAGAAGCUCAUCAUAGUGGAGGGCUGCCAGAGACAGGGGGCAAUCGUGGCUGUGACGGGCGACGGCGUGAACGAUUCCCCGGCCUUAAAGAAAGCCGACAUCGGCGUUGCCAUGGGGAUCUCCGGCUCUGAUGUGUCCAAGCAGGCGGCUGACAUGAUCCUGCUGGACGACAACUUCGCCUCCAUCGUCACCGGAGUGGAGGAGGGUCGCCUCAUCUUUGACAACCUGAAGAAGUCCAUUGCAUACACGCUGACCAGUAACAUCCCAGAGAUCUCGCCCUUCCUCCUCUUCAUCUGUGCCAGUGUUCCUCUUCCACUGGGAACCGUCACCAUCCUCUGCAUCGACCUGGGCACUGACAUGGUCCCAGCCAUCUCAUUGGCUUAUGAGACGGCGGAGAGUGACAUCAUGAAACGCCAACCGAGGAAUCCAAAAACGGACAAGCUGGUCAAUGAACGCCUCAUCAGCAUGGCGUACGGACAGAUAGGGAUGAUCCAAGCUCUUGCUGGUUUUUUCACCUACUUUGUGAUUUUGGCUGAGAACGGCUUCCUCCCAAGGGACCUGCUGGGAAUCCGCGUCAGAUGGGACGACCGCGAAAUCAACGACGUGGAAGACAGCUUUGGGCAGCAGUGGACCUACGAGCAGAGGAAGAUCAUCGAAUUCACCUGCCACACCUCCUUCUUCAUCAGCAUCGUUGUUGUGCAAUGGGCUGAUCUCGUCAUCUGCAAGACCAGGAGGAAUUCCCUCUUUCAGCAGGGCAUGAAGAACAGGAUUCUGAUCUUCGGCCUGUUUGUCGAGACUGCUCUGGCUGCCUUCCUCUCCUACUGCCCUGGAAUGGACAUCGCCUUGCGCAUGUACCCCCUGAAGCCCCUGUGGUGGUUCUGUGCCUUCCCAUACAGUCUUCUCAUCUUCAUUUAUGAUGAGGUCCGUAAAUUCAUUCUGAGGAGGAGCCCUGGAGGUUGGGUGGAGCUGGAGACAUAUUAUUAACAUUCAGAAGAUGUCAAUUUGAGUUUGCGUGUCUGUGAGAGAGUGUGUGUGUGUGUGUGUGUGUGCGUACAUGAGAAUUUGUGCGUGCUUGUGGGGGUAGAAG